GUAACUUGGGCUACGCAUCGUUUUGUUGUGAGUUAUAUAUCACACAGAAAUAAAGGGAAAACAAGAAGACUGCAUUUAGAAAAGUGAGGUGAAGGAAGCAAAACGCAAACGCAAACGCAAACGCAAAAGCGAUAGCGGCAGUGAUGGAAGGCGAAGAGGGUUCUCAGCAGCCACAGUUGAUACUCGCCGACAAGCUCUUCCUUCUCCGGCAACCCGAUGUGCAGGACAUUGACAAGGUUCGCUACAAAGAGGAUGUUUUCACUCACGUCAAGGAAAACGAUAUGGUCCCUUUGUACGAAACCCUAGUCGCCGAUUCCGUGUUGGACAUGGAUCGUGCCCUUUUGGAUUCCAUGCGAGCUAAAACUGAGGACGAGCUUAACAAGAUCGACGAAAAGAUUGCCGAUGCCGAGGAAAACUUAGGUGAGAGUGAAGUUCGGGAGGCUCACUUGGCAAAAUCCCUGUUUUUCAUCCGAAUUGGGGAUAAGGAGAAAGCCUUGGAGCAUCUCAAGAUAACAGAAACCAAGACAGUCGCAGUUGGCCAGAAGAUGGACCUGGUGUUUUAUACUUUGCAGCUUGGUUUCUUUGACAUGGAUUUUGAUCUCAUUUCCAAAAGCAUUGACAAAGCCAAAAAUUUGUUUGAAGAAGGUGGUGAUUGGGAAAGGAAGAAUAGGCUGAAAGUGUAUGAAGGUCUGUACUGCAUGUCCACUCGAAAUUUCAAGAAGGCUGCCAAGUUGUUUUUGGAUUCUAUUUCAACCUUUACAACCUAUGAACUCUUUCCUUAUGACACCUUCAUAUUUUAUACGGUUUUGACCAGCAUUAUAUCGUUGGAUAGAGUUUCCUUAAAGCAAAAGGUGGUAGAUGCUCCAGAGAUCUUGACGGUGAUCGGCAAAAUCCCAUAUCUUUCAGAGUUUUUGAACUCCUUGUAUGAUUGUCAAUACAAGUCUUUCUUCUCAGCAUUUGCUGGUCUGACGGAGCAGAUUAAGUUGGACCGCUAUCUGCAUCCCCAUUUCCGAUAUUACAUGAGGGAGGUCAGAACUGUUGUGUACUCCCAAUUUUUGGAAUCUUACAAAAGUGUGACAAUUGAAGCCAUGGCCAAAGCUUUUGGAGUGACAGUGGAUUUCAUUGAUCUGGAGCUAUCCCGUUUUAUUGCAGCAGGGAAACUUCAUUGUAAGAUUGAUAAGGUUGCUGGUGUUCUUGAAACUAAUCGCCCUGAUGCCAAGAAUGCCCUUUACCAAGCAACCAUUAAGCAAGGGGACUUCCUAUUGAACCGGAUUCAGAAGUUGUCACGUGUUAUAGAUCUUUAGGCUAUCUCGCAUAUUAGAUCCAAAGUUUAUUGGAAAGGCAGAGAUAAUGACAUUUUUAAAUCUGAAGGACUUCCUGUUGAAUUCAUUUUACUAUGAUGAGGGUGUGAGGCAUGAUAUUUCUGUAGUUCUCAUUUGAUUUUUGUUUUAGUAAUGAACAGUCGAAUUUACCAAAUCUAAAAUUGUCAAAUCAGUUUUCAAUUAUUUUGGUGAUGAAUAUAUUCAAUUGUAUGACUGGCCGUUUCGGCAUGCA